AUGAAAGAAUUAGAAUUUGUUGAGUUAAAAAUUAAAGAAGUUAUUUAACAAUUAAAGAUGAAACAAUAAAUUGAAUCUACAAUAGAAAAGUAUCUCUAAUAAAAAAAUGAAAACACAUUAACUGAAUUAGAAUUUUAAUUUGUUGCAUAAUAUUUAAGUUAAGUAUCAAAAAAAGAUAAUAAAGAAGUUAAAUUGGAUAUUGAAUUUAAAAUCUAAUAUGAGUCUGCAUAAUAUAUUGAAAGUCUGCUAUAAAAUGUUCAAUAAAAAUUGGAGGUAUUAAAUCCAUAUAGAAAUAUAUAAAAAAUUGAUUCUAAGGUACAAAUCAAUUAAUUUAUGCAAUUACUUAAAAAUGAGAUUUUAACAGUUAAACCUAAUGAAAUUAUUGUAACUACUCUUUAAGCAGUUCGUAAUUGUAAAUUAAUUGGUUUUAUGCAACCAUGUAUUAAUGGUAUUGAUUAAAUGCAAGAAUAAGCAAUGAUCUUCUCGAUACAUUAAGGAUACAAUCUAGUUGAAUUCAUCUAUUAAUAACAAUUAAAAUUGAAUCAUAAUUAAUUAAAUGUCAUUAAUAAUCAAUAUUAUAUUAAAAUUACCCCUGUUUUACUUGAAUAAAAUAAGGAAUAUACCAUUGUAUUAUAAUCAAAAGCAAAAGUUCAUUUAGAUUAAUUUUAUAAACCAGCUAUUGAAAAUCCAUAUCUAAAAUUCUUAAAAGUAACAAUAUUUAUUUAGUCAGGUUCCUGAGACUGAAUACAAGAAGAUAGAUCAAAAACUUGAAAUCAUCACUAAUCAUGGCUAAUUUCCUAUUCUGAUUCUAGAGACUUUUGUACAAAAAUGA